CAUUAGCCAAAUAUGGAUAUGAUUCUGGUUGGUAUUUUGACUAAGAACCGACUAGCUAAGAGUGUUCAGUGUUCGAACAAGAACUUGGAAUUAUACAAAGCUCCUGUAAUAUAUAUUGUCAUCGAGUAAGGAAGGGUCCCGAUACAUGAACGUAGUAUAAACACCUUAAAUAAUCACUGAUGAAACUAAAAGCUGGAAGAGGACUACCUGACAAGUAACUACUUAUUAUUAAGUUUGCGCUACUGGUCUCUGACAGUGCGUCUAGAGUUUAAUUCUUUCUUGGAAAACAGCUGAAACAGAGGGAUUAUUUCUUGAGGAAAGCACUGCCGGCCAACACGCUGCGUCAACAACAGGCUUGUCAGUGUCACCUCCUCUAACAACCAUUGACAUCGACUUCAGAAGCUAGUCCAUCGUCAAGGAAGAGGUACUGUACUCUAGCGAAGGUGUGCCUACUAAUACACGUCAAAAAUGAAUAACUCUAGCGGAUUCCCACCAAUGACAUUGAUGCCCCUACCUGAGGUGAUUGCAUGGUGUUCGGCAUACGUUAUCGUUGACGCACUAAUCGUAAUCGGCAACGCACUUACCCUGGCUGUCUUCUACACCAAUAAACGUCUAUUGCGCAUGCGCGCCAAUUAUUUCCUGGUCAAUCUGGCCAUAGCAGACCUGUUCGUUGGGAUCAUUGCAGUACCAAUAUUUACAUAUUACCUGGCCGCCGCAAGUAAACGAGGGCAUGUCGUCUGGAACGAGUAUCCGUACCAGAUCGCCAAAGUCUUGGAUAUUUUCAUUGGUUGUGCGUCUAUCUUUACUCUUGCGAUUAUUGCACUAGAGAGAGCAUUUUCUGUCUGUUUUCCUCACGUCCACAGAGGAAUUGGAAAGAAAUCUUACAUGAAUAUGAUUGCUGUUGUGUGGGUUCUAUCAUUUCUAAUGGCUGUUCUACGAACCUUGUUCAUCGCAGAAGAAAUUGGCUUCAACGUGUUCUUCUACUUCCUAAUCGUUUCAUUCUGUAUUUCGAUCAUUUUAAUCUGCAUCAGUUAUCCAGUAAUAGGUAUACGGAUGAAUUACCGAUUCGCGAACGUCGAGAAACACAGAAAAAAGAACGAUCACGACCGUCGUCUUGCUCUCAUGUUGUUUAUUGUCACAACGAUUUUCAUCUUUACAUGGCUGCCCUUCCACAUCUUGAACGUCGUUACAUUUUUCUGUAGAUCCUGCAGAAGUAUGCCCAACGAACUUCCCUACAUUAUUAAACUGCUUCACUAUGGUAACUCCUGCGUCAACCCCAUCAUCUAUUCAUACUUGGUUCCUGAGUUCAGACGAACUGUUAUCAAGUUGUUUUGUGGUAAGAAUAAAAGGAAAGCGUAUGCUUCGACGCAGCUAUCAUGAAAAUUAUUACAGACGCAUGAAGAUAUUCUGCUUAUAACGAGAGAUGAACGACAACUGCUUAAAAACAAAUCUUGAAAUAUAUGAGUUUGUUUAUUCUGGCUGAAAUGUGAAAAACUGAGCUGAGAAAAUACGCUGACUAUGUUGUCUUCUCUUGAGCCACGCUUGUCAUUGUGAGUUAACCUUGAUAUGAUGCUAUUUUAAUUAUCCUAUAAAACACUGCAUGCCAUGAAGGAAUGGAAAUGGUGGUCUUUGCGCAUGUAAAAAAUAUUUUUGAAGCAGUCAUAAGAGUAUACAAAAAUUUUGAUCAGGCCAACGGCCACAAUGAAGAAUGUAACUAGCUAAUCACGUGACUAUACCUGUACAUAAUGUACAUAAUUGAUCACUACAUAUGUAUAUAUGUAUACGAUAAAUUGUUUAGAAACAA